AUGGAGAUGUCCAAAAGUGAAGAUGUAAGAGUUGAAAUACGGCGGGGUAAUCAACCGGAAACAGUCGACAAGAUUAACAUCCACGACGUUGCCCGGGAGUGGGAAGGCUGCUUUGAAGACAAUGACACUACCCAACAUUCAGAACGCAAACGACAACUGCAGAAAGUACAUCCAUUGCUCUUAAAAGGCGAAAAAGGUGAAAGAAACCGCCAUUGUUAUGAGCCAGCAGUGGUUUCCCUUGGCCCUUACCACCAUAACCGAGACGACUUCUCCGCAGCCAACGAAUACAAGCUCGUAACUCUCGAGGAAUAUCGUUUGAGCUGUGGAACUCAAAAUAAUUCCAUGGAUUCGUUAUACUUAUACAACAAGGUGUUCGAGGUGGUACACGAUGCUAGAAAGUGUUAUAUCAAUGGUUCUACAGAUGAAUACAAUGACGAGCAGUUUAAUCGCAUGAUGUUGCUUGAUGGUUGCUUCAUUUUGUUCUUUAUAGAAUGUGUUGCUAGCCAGAACACUAUGUUGAUGCUAAAUAAUGAGUAUUUAGGCGCAUUAGGGUUUGCGCACAUAUCUCGUGAUAUUUUGUUGCUCGAGAACCAAAUCCCAUUUAUAGUACUCCAAGUUUUGUUGGAUUUGCGAUUCCCAGAAGAUAGAGGAGAAAGGAUCUUAAAUUGGUUUUUUAACUACUUGAACUAUGGUGAAAUCAUCGGUAAGGAAGAAAAUGUGCUUGAAAAGAAGCAACCUCUUCAUCUUCUCGAGCUUUACAGGUACUAUUUCAUCUCGCUUUCCUCUUGUUCUGCUCAUGUUCAAUCGAGUAACUCGAGCAUGUGGCAUUGGAGAGAAAACUUGGACAUUGAUACUAAUGAAAAAUGGAAUUAUGUAAAGCGAAAUCGAUCUUUUGCAUCAGUUACAGAACUCAAAGCUAAAGGGAUUUUCUUGAAAUGUAUUAAUGUCGAUGACAAGUCUUCUAAUGGAGACAUCAAGUUUCACUCACAUUAUUGUUAUGGUGAGCUUGAGCUCGUCAGUCGAGCGGUGUACUCGAAUUCAAAAGCUAUUUACUUGAACAUGAUCGCUUACGAGAUGUGCCCACAUAAUCCUAAUGACUUUCGAGUUUCAACUUAUAUUCGUGUAAUGAAAUCGCUGGUUAUUCGGCCUGAUGACGUGAAGGAGUUACGAGACAACAACAUAUUGCUUCAUAGUCUUGGUCGAGAUCAAGAUGUGGUGAAGCUGUACGAUGAUAUUGAUGCACCCGCGGUUAAUGUCCACAUGUUUAAUCAGCUCCGAAGAGGAAUUGAGAAGCACUGUAAUAACAAGUAUAAGACGUGGGCAGCGGAGUUGAUUAACAUCUACUUUAGCAGUCCAUGGAAGACAAUGGCUUUGUUGGUCGCUACUGCUAUUCUGAUCACUAGUUUUUUACAGACUUACUUCACCAUCUGGCCAGAUGAAUAA